AUGUCUCAGGAAGAGAAUUUCGAGGCAAUCUACACAGAGUAUCGAGCCACUCAGCCACGAGUUCCUGCGCGAGCUCCCCCGCGUCAGCAGUUUUUUGUCAUGCGAAAAAGAGGAGAAACAAGCAUUCGCUCUUCGGUCUACAGUUCCGCUGUCCAUUACAGAUCGAGAAGCUUCUUCAGUGAGAGUGAUGAUGUCCAUCCCCUUCCUCCAGUUCGGCCACCCCUACCGGAUCAUGUUUUGCAACGAGCGCCGAGGGCGUUGUCUAGCAGACAGGCAACGCCGCAUCCUGAUGACGAGGAAGAAGAGCAGCAUAAUUUGCUCACUCCGGAACGAAGCGAUUCCGAGCGGUCGGAGAAUCCUAACAAAGAAUUUAAUGAGGAAGAUGCAGUUCGUACUCUGUACAUAACCGGGCUUCCAAGAGACGUAAAACAUCGAGAAAUUCGAGUUCUCUUCCGGACCAUACCUGAAUACGAGGGGGUCAUGAUCUCCGCUCCGCCACCCAACAAACCUGAUGGACACCCGAUCGCUUUCGCAACUUUCAGGACCGUAGCAGCAGCAAAAUCGGCAAUGGACGAGUUUAACGGAUUCCAGCUUGAUCAGAACAUCAACAUGUACCUGAGAAUCGAGUUCGCAAAGGCUAACACGAGAAACCCGAACGACCAACGAAACAACCGUCAGCCUGAUGGAUCAUGUGGCUUUUCUCAUUCACCAACAGUUUCUCCUUUUAGUCAACCUGGUUCUCCACAAGAGCCUGUUGUUCCUCUUCUUCGGCCUGCGCAUGUCUACCCCGCCCCGGAUCAUUUUGCUCCUCAAAUGAUGCCUUCUGUCUUUCCGCCCGUUUUCUGCGUCUACGUCACGAAUAUCAAGCCAGGAGUGAGCCAAGCCGAGCUAGAACGCGCCUUGAGCAUCUUUCCCGGAAUCGCCAUUGCCGGACUAUCCAUCACUGAAUCCUGGCUUUGCUUACAGAGCACCUCGUCACAGGCGCUGAUGUAUGCGGCUGACUGUAUCGACCGAAAAUGCAUUGUGAACAACGUCGACGUCGGUGACCCACCUGGAUUGAAAGUCCAAGAAGUCUUCAGCAGCUGA